AUGACUGACUUCCAGCGGAAUUCUGUUUGCCCCACCGAAACGUUCGUCCGUGGCAACACCCAUACGACGUUGGCUGAGUCCAGGACGUUGGCUGAAUCGAGAAAUAGCAUGAUGGUGGUGCACAAACAGCAACGUCGAACCCCUCGUGAAGUGAAGAAAGGCUCUUCCAAGCGCCAGGAAGCCGAAACGGCGUCAAACCAACAUCAGCAGCAGCCUACGACCGUUGCUGAGAUCAAGUCCUCAAUCGAUCGAUACCUGAGUCCCGAUUGGGGAGCCGAGCCUUCGACGUACGAGGUGCAACGUAAAUUACAUGUGAUCACAGAGCAGCAGGAAUUUGUCAGACAGGAGCAAUAA